GACGGUUCUCAUCCUGGCGGAGGGACAGGCUCAACACCACGAGGCCAACAACACUGCAGAAGCGAUUGGAAAUCUUGAGAGAGCAGAGACUACCAAAACGCAUAGAUACUUGGACUGCUGAAAACGUGAACUCCUUUAUCAUUGUGCUCAGAAAAUAGCAUUCGGUAGAGAUAACGAUAUUGUUUGUUAGCUCUCUAUUCAUCCAUUCAGCUUUGUUAGAAUCAACCCACCAUGUCCGCAAAUCCCUUGGCCGCCGGUUCCGACGUGAACCCGUUGAAGACGGACCCUGAUCUUCAGGCGCUGCUGAAACGGCUUGACGGUGUUAAGAAGUACAAAACCUUCCAACGAUGGAAGAACAAGUUUUUGGACCGUCUGGAACAGUUCCUGUACGAAAAAGGAAUGAAACCAGCCGAUAAGGCUUGCAACGAGUUCGAUGCUCUCCUCAAAGGGUUUGUCAAGAGAACCAACAAAGUCCAAGAACACAUUGAAAAGGGUGACUUGGGCGAAUCCAAAAAGACGGUCAAGGCGGCCCUGUCGCUGAACGAAAUGUGUUCCAGUCUUCAAGGAAUCGUUGAAGCUAUUGACAAGGUGAUCCCCAUGAAGAGUUCCGAAGAAAAGAAGCGUGGAUUUUCCAAGUUCCAUCUGGGAGCUACAUUGAUUCGACAAGGAUUCCAUCAAUAUGUCACCAUGAAGGCUAUUGAGGACGCCUUGACCGAUAUUGGAGACAAGUUGGUCGAUGUCGCCGAUCGACAGCAGCAUGAACUCUUUGCGGAAUACAGAAAAUCCGUACAGAAGUUUUGCGAUGUCAUGGCCGAUCUGAAUUUGUACGAAGUCAUGCUCAAGUGUAUCGAAUUCCUCGAGGCUCCCGAGGAAGAGGAAAGUAGUGACGAAGAACCCGUCACUAUUAAAAUCACCAUUGAUACACACGAUGGAAAGAAAAUUACUCUGGUCCUCGAUCCAACCGAUACUGUUGGAAACGUCAAGGCGGCCAUUGCCGACGGAUGUGGCAUCAAGCCCAACAAGCAAAUUCUGAAAUUUCUUGGCAAAGCUCUGGACAAUCCCGAUGCAACACUUGAAUCCUGUGGAAUUACGGAUGACUCCAAUCUGACAGUGGAGCCAUUCAAGGUUCCAGUCACCGUCAAUACCAUGGAUGGCAAGUCCAUCAAGGUCAUGGUCGACCCAUCCGACCGACUGUCGGAUAUCAAGAUUCAAUUGGAGGAGGAAUCUGGAAUCCCCGCCAAGAACCAGACCCUCUUUAUGGGUGGGGAGGAACUGAAGGACCCCAACAAGACGGCUGCUGAUUAUGGCAUCAAGGCUGGCAGUGUCUUGGAUUUGGAACCCAAAACCAUGAAUAUUUCUGUCAAGACACCUGACGGAAAGACAAUCAAGGUGGCAGUGAAACCUUCAGAUACCGCAGAGGAGAUCAAGGCAAAGAUUGCGGCGGAGGCAGGAAUGAAGGUAGCCCAACAAGUCCUCAAGCAUGGAGGAAAGGAGAUGAAAGAUGGCACAACCGUCAGGGACAUGGGCAUCACAGAUGGUUCAGAGCUGACUGUGGAUAUUCACAAGGUCCCUGUCACUGUCAACACCAUGGAUGGCAAGUCCAUCAAGGUUAUGAUUGAUCCAACAGAUCGACUAUCGGAUAUCAAGGUACAAUUAGAGGAAGAAUCUGGAGUGCCUGCAAAGAACCAAAAACUGUCAAUGGGCGGAAAGGAGCUGACGGAUCCCAACAAGACUGCAGGCGACUAUGGAAUCAAGGCUGGCAGCGUUCUGGAUUUGGAGCCCAAGGUCAUCAAGAUUAAUGUCAAGACACCAGAUGGCAAGACGAUCAGUGUGGAAGUAAAUGCCAAUGACACAGCGGAACAGGUCAAGGCAAAGAUUGCCAAGGAUGCUGGCAUGUCGGUAGCUCAGCAAAUCCUCAAACACAACGGCAAAGAAUUUGCUGAUGGCAAGACUGUCAAGGACAUGGGCAUCAAGGAUGGAUCUGACUUGACAGUUGACAUUUUCAAGGUCCCCGUCACUGUUAACACCAUGGAUGGCAAGAGCAUCAAGGUCAUGAUUGAUCCAACAGACAGACUUUCAGAUAUCAAGGUACAAUUGGAGGAAGAAACUGGAUUGCCUGCAAAGAACCAAAAAUUGUCAAUGAAUGGUGAAGAGCUCACUGACCCCAACAAAACUGCAAAGGACUAUGGCAUCAAGAAAGGUUCUGUUCUUGACUUGGAGCCAAAAGUCAUCAAGAUUAAUGUCAAGACGCCAGAUGGCAAGACUAUCAGUGUGGAAGUAAAUGCUAAUGACACAGCCGAACAGGUCAAGGCAAAGAUUGCCAAAGAUGCUGGCAUGUCGGUAGCUCAGCAACUCCUCAAACACAAUGGCAAAGAAUUUGCAGAUGGCAAGACAGUCAAGGACAUGGGCAUCAAGGAAGGAUCUGACUUGACGGUUGAAAUUUUCAAGGUCCCUGUUACAGUGAACACAGCAGAUGGCAAGAGUAUCAAGGUCAUGAUUGAUCCAACAGACAAACUUUCAGAUAUCAAGGUUCAACUGGAGGAUGAAACCGGUGUUGCAGCGAAAAAUCAAAGAUUGUCGAUGAAUGGCCAAGAGCUCACCGACCCGAACAAGACUGCAAAGGACUAUGGCAUCAAGAAAGGUUCUGUUCUUGACUUGGAGCCAAAAGUCAUCAAGGUCAUGGUUGAAAUGCCCGACGGAAAGAAACAAGAGGUUGAGCUGUCAUCUUCGGAUACCGAUGCCGAGAUCAAGGCAAAGAUUGCAAAAAAAACUGGUAUGGCUGCACCCCGUCAGGUGUUGAAGGUCAACGGGAAGGAAUUGCCCAAAGGCAAGACUGUUGGACAGAUGGGAAUCAAGGAUGGAUCAGACCUCAAGGUUGACAUUUUCAAAUUGCCCAUCACAGUGAAAACACCUGACGGCAAGACCAUUAAAUUGGGAGUUGAACCGGGCGAUUCUGUGGACAAGAUUAAGAAACUGAUCGCAGAGGAGACUGGCAUGGAACCAAAGAAGCAGCUCCUGAAGCUGAACGACGAGGAGAUCAAGGGAUCGAAAACAGCGAAAGACCUUGGUAUCCAGGCAGGAACCGAGCUUGUUCUCGAGGAGCAGGAGGAUCCAAUUAUUUUUGUCGACUGCAAAUCCGGAACGCUUUUCGCCAUGGAUCGAGACGAUGUGAUCAAGAAGGAGGCUCUCAAACCACACCAAAACAAUAAACUCGAUUUCCUGGAAGCCGCUAAGGACUCUGCCACGAAAGAUCGAAUUGCACAAGCCAUGAAAGCUUCACCAAAACUGGGUGUCUCCGCCCAGGUGGUGGUAACUGCUUUGGAAGUUCAAGAAUACGACUUGGAAGAGGCAGAAAAGGUGAAGGGUGUUUUUGGCGUGAGUCUCAAGAAACGAGAAAAGAACAAAGCAGGCGAAGAGUUUUUGUUCGUUGACCCCAAGACUGGAGCAAGCGGCGAGUUGUCACGAAAGAAGUACAUUGACAUGAAAUUUAUCACGCCGGAUGGAGACACAAUCAAGGAGCGAGAAAAAGACACUAUGCAGUACGACAAGUACAUCCUGUUGGUUCGUCAGGUAAUCGGCGUCAAAGAAUUCAAGUAGAGGCGGCAUGCAUCGUCGUGACCCCACAUCCCUCCCCGGCAGUAUACAAACCGUUGUCUUGCAAAGAGACGUCGGAGGGUUCCAAUUUGUUUUGUAGCCACUAACCAGUAGCAUAUUUGUGACAAUGGUC